UGGAGCCGGGGCUCUCGCCCAGCCAGGCAACCGAGGAGGCGCAGCCCGGGAAGGGGGCUGCCCAGGCCCCCUCCCACAGCCUCGUCCCCUAGGACCCCGGCUUCCGGGGCGAGGAGGCGAAGUCCCGGGCGCCGGGUUUGGAGGCCAGCAGCUGAGGAAGCCGGGGUCCUGGAGCCAACAGGAAGUGUGAAACUGGGACCCCCAAACACCUGGGUACGAGACCCCAGGUCCCUUGAGGGAAGCCUGCUGGCAGGGGCUCCCCUUGUACCACAGAGCCCAGGAUGUUCCUUGGCUGCUGUCAGUCCUGACCUCAUGGAGCCCUUGGUCACCCCAGGGACACAGAUGGGGGUCCCUAACAGCAGCGGAGAGCCUUCUCCAGUGCCUGCUGACUACGAGGAUGAGUUGCUGAGCUACCUGUGGCGUGAUUACUUGUACCCGAAGCAGUAUGAGUGGGUCCUCAUUGCAGCCUAUGUGGCUGUGUUCCUCGUGGCCCUGGUGGGCAAUACACUGGUCUGCCUGGCAGUGUGGCGCAACCACCACAUGAGGACAGUCACCAACUACUUCAUCGUCAACCUGUCCCUGGCUGAUGUGCUGGUGACAGCCAUCUGCCUGCCUGCAAGCCUGCUGGUAGACAUCACAGAGUCCUGGCUCUUUGGCCACGCCCUCUGCAAAGUCAUCCCCUACUUACAGGCUGUGUCUGUGUCAGUGGCAGUGCUGACUCUCAGCUUCAUUGCCCUGGACCGCUGGUAUGCCAUCUGCCAUCCACUGCUGUUUAAGAGUACUGCCCGUCGAGCUCGUGGAUCCAUCCUGGGAAUCUGGGCUGUAUCCCUGGCUGUCAUGGUGCCCCAGGCUGCUGUCAUGGAAUAUAGCAGUGUGCUGCCUGAGCUAGCUAACCGCACCCGGCUCUUCUCUGUGUGUGAUGAACGCUGGGCAGAUGACCUCUAUCCCAAGAUCUACCACAGUUGCUUCUUCAUUGUCACCUACCUGGCCCCACUGGGUCUCAUGGCCAUGGCUUAUUUCCAGAUCUUCCGCAAGCUCUGGGGCCGCCAGAUCCCUGGCACCACGUCAGCCCUGGUGAGGAACUGGAAGCGGCCCUCUGAUCAGCUGGAGGACCAGGGGCAGGGACUGAGUGCAGAGCCCCCACCCCGGGCCCGGGCAUUCCUGGCUGAGGUGAAGCAGAUGCGAGCACGGAGGAAGACAGCUAAGAUGUUGAUGGUGGUGUUGCUGGUCUUUGCCCUCUGCUACCUGCCCAUCAGUGUCCUCAAUGUCCUCAAGAGGGUGUUUGGGAUGUUCCACCAAGCCAGCGACCGAGAAGCCGUGUAUGCCUGCUUCACCUUCUCCCACUGGCUGGUGUACGCCAACAGUGCUGCCAACCCCAUCAUCUACAACUUCCUCAGUGGCAAAUUCCGGGAGCAAUUUAAGGCUGCCUUCUCCUGCUGCUUGCCUGGCCUGGGUCCCUGCGGCUCUAUGAAGACCCCAAGCCCCCGCUCCUCUGCCAGCCACAAGUCCCUGUCCCUGCAGAGCCGUUGCUCCGUCUCCAAGGUUUCAGAGCAUGUGGUGCUCACCAGUGUCACUACAGUGCUGCCCUGAGCCAAGGCUGCCCUGGUGGCUUCUGGGGGGCUCUCUGCCUGGGCUGCUCCUCCAGCUCCUGGGGAGCCCACUCCCACUCUGCCUGGAAUGACUGGUUGGUGGAUACAGUAUGAAACUGGGACACCAGUCCAGGUUUUCUGCCUGUUUGACUCUGGGCAAGUCACUUCCCUUUUCUGAGCUGUGUCCCCUAAACAGGAUUGAUGUGAGGAUUAAGCAUGCUCAAGAAAGUGGAAAGCUCUUUGUAAAUUGUAAAGUGUUGUGGACAAGAUUAUCUUUGUAUCCCUCUCACUUGGCCAUACCCCACAGUGCCACCCAUCCCUAUCAUCCUUCUUCCCAAAGAUGCCUCUCUGACUGAUUACAGGCCUUUCUUGGAAUCUGCUUAGAGGAGUCCCAACAGGCCUUUCCAUCUGGUCCAGUGGUUCCCUGAAGCCCAGGCUGCACUUGGCCAGCUGCUCCAUGGCCCUCUGCUGUCUUGUAAACUAAUCGGGGCCCAGCCCUUCCCCAUGGGAUCAGGAACGCAGCUCUGCCCUCGCCAGGUGCUGAGUGCAUGCACCGUAGACUGGACCCUCUCGGCUUUGCAGUGAUGAAACGCUCUCCAUGUGACCAUUCGGCAUGGAGGCCAGCAGCCGGGAGCAAUUGUAAUUAAA